GAUGCAUUGACCUAUGAUGAUGUGUAUGUGAACUUCACUCAAGAAGAAUGGGCUUUGCUGAAUCCUUCACAGAAGAGUCUCUACAAAGAUGUGAUGUUGGAGACCUACAGGAACCUCAAUGCUGUAGGCUACAAUUGGGAAGAGCAUAAUAUUGAAGAACAUUGUCAAAGUUCCAGAAGACAUGGGAGUGAAUGUGGCAAAGCUUUCACAUGUGCCAAUUACCUUUGCAGGAAUGACAGAAGUCUUACUGGAGAGAAUCCCUCUGAAGGCAUUCAGUGUGGUGAAGCCUUUGUUCAUCACAGUAGUUUCCGAAUGCAGAAAAUAACACACACUGGAGAGAAACGCUACAAAUGCAGUCAAUGUGGUAAAGCCUAUGCAAGACCCCAUAAUCUCCAGAUACAUGAAAGAACACAUAGUGGAGAGAAAGCCUAUGAAUGUAAGCAAUGUAGUAAAUCCUUUGCUUCUCAUGGUCAACUUCGAAAACAUGAAAGAAUUCAUACUCGAGUGAAAUGUUACAAAUGUGAUCAAUGUUCUAAAGCCUUUGCAUACCCUGGUAAUCUUCGAAUGCAUAAAAGAAUGCAUACUGAACACAAACCCUAUGAAUGUAAUCAAUGUACUAAAUCCUUUGCUUCUCAUCGUCAACUUCGAAUACAUGAAAGAAUUCAUACUGAAGAGAAACCAUAUGAAUGUAAUCAAUGUAGUAAAACCUUUGCUUGUCAUGGUCAACUUCGAAUACAUGAAAGAACACAUAGUGGAGAGAAACCCUAUGAAUGUAAUCAAUGUAGUAAAACCUUUGAAUCUCAUGGUCACCUUCGAAUACAUGAAAGAAUUCAUACUGGAGAGAAACCUUACAAAUGUGAUCAAUGUGGAAAAGCCUUUUCACACCAAGGUAAUCUCAAAAUGCAUAAAAUAACAACACAUACUGAAGAGAAACCUUACAAGUGUGAUCAGUGUGGUAAAGGCUUUGCAUAUCAUGGAAGGUUCGAAGUACAUAAAAGAGCACAUACUGGAGAGAAGCCCUAUGAAUGUAAGCAAUGUGGCAAAGCCUUUGCAUGUCAAAAUUAUUACCAAAUACAUAAAAGAAUACAUACUGGAGAGAAGCCCUAUGAAUGUAAGCAAUGUGGCAAAGCCUUUGCAUAUCAAAAUCAAUACCAAGUACAUAAAAGAAUACAUACUGGAGAGAAACCCUAUGAAUGUAAGCAAUGUAGUAAAUCCUUUGCUUCUUGUGGUCAACUUCGAAUACAUGAAAGAAUUCAUACUGGAGAGAAACCUUACAAGUGUGAUCAAUGUGGCAAAGCCUUUGUACACUACGGUUAUCUCAAAAUACACAAAAUAACAACACAUAAUGAAGAGACACCUUACAAGUGUGAUCAGUGUGGUAAAGGCUUUGCAUAUCAUAGUAUGUUCCAAGUACAUAAAAGAACACAUACUGGAGAGAAGCCCUAUGAAUGUAAGCAAUGUGGCAAAGCCUUUGCAUGUCAAAAUUAUUACCAAGUACAUAAAAGAAUACAUACUGGAGAGAAAUCCUAUGAAUGUAAGCAAUGUAGUAAAUCCUUUGUUCAUCAUGCUUCACUUCGAAAACAUGAAAGAAUUCAUAUUGGAGAGAAAACUUAUUAA